GCAACUAACAGAGUGAGUCUGGGUCAGCGACGACACAGGUGCAUAUCAGAGGAUACAGAGAGGAGAUCAAAUCAACUGGAAGAAAUAACAAAGAACUUCAUCAGGAUUUGCAAGUCUGGACAGAAAGACAAAAAUAUCCCCAAUAAGGAGAAGCAAAACCAGAAGUGAAGAUGAACCUGUUAGUCAUUAUUGCCAUCUUUGCAGGUUUCAGCGUUGAUGUGACUUUUUCACGAACUAAAAAUAGUUGGUUACCUAAACCUCAUCGCACUAACAGGGAGAUGUGUCAGUCUGGGGAUGGGAGCAGUUACAGGGGAUUUGUUUCUGAGUCGGCAUACGGACGAAAAUGUCUCAACUGGAACAGGUUUAACAUCCCCUCAGGAGCUUCAAAGGGACUUGGCGACCACAAUUACUGCAGGAAUCCUGACCAGAUGUUGAUGCCGUGGUGUCGUGUCCGAAGAGGAAGGAGGAUCGUGAGAGAAGUCUGCAACAUUCCCAGAUGUUCUACACCAACAACAAAACCUCCACCGGCUGUGGAUACAGAGCUGACAUGUGGUGAGAGGUCUGAGCAGAGGAUGCACAAAAUCGUGGGUGGUUCUUUCACACCCAUAGAGUCGAACCCGUGGGUCGCCGCUCUGUUUCAUCAGCGCAGCGGUUUCCUCUGUGGUGGCUCUCUCAUCGCACCAUGCUGGGUUCUCACAGCUGCACACUGCUUCUCUGAUGGUGAGGAGACAAACAUCAAGCUUCUGAAUGUGUACCUGGGGAAGACUGCCAUCAAUGACACUGAUGCUGACAGGGAGCAGCGCUUCACUGUGGAAAAACUGAUCAUCCAUCAACAUUAUAAUGAUUCCAACUAUAACAAUGACAUAGCACUGUUGAAGAUCAAAAGCAGAAAUGGAGGAUGUGCGGUGAGGUCAGCGUCUGCACGGACGGUGUGUCUUCCUCCAGCUCACACUCAGCUUCCUGCAGGAUUUCAGUGCAGCAUCGCAGGAUUCGGGAGGGAGAGAUUCAUGGCGAUGCGUUACUCGCAGUUACUGAAGAAGGCCGAGGUGAAGCUGCUCUCGCAGACUGACUGCACAAGUCAAUCGGACUAUGGAGGUCGCCUCACUGAGAACAUGAUCUGUGCUGCGAGCCCUGACUGGAGCACUGAUGCCUGCCAGGGUGACUCUGGUGGUCCGCUGGUGUGUGAAGCGGCAGGUCGGAUGUUUCUGUUCGGGGUGGUGAGCUGGGGCGAUGGCUGUGCCAGUAGGAACAAACCAGGGGUUUACACACAAGUCACCAACUACAACAAGUGGAUCGCAGCCAAAACUGGGCUCUCCAAAUACACCACAGGAUUCAUGUAUCCCACAAAAUGAAGCAAUGGCAGAAAGUUGGGCAUCAUAUUUCUUAAAAGUUAAUAUUUGGUAGCAGUUUUGUAGCUGAUGGGCAUUGCUGUUUUGCACGUUGACGAUUUAAUGUAACCGUUCGAAGUGAAAGUUUUUUUUACUGUAACAUAUUUUACUGUAUAUAGUGUAUAAUACUUUUGUAUCUGGACUUUUCAUACCAAGAGUAGGACUAUUUUAAAAGCUAUUUGAAAAUAAGUAUAUUUAUCUAAUUUAAUGUAUUAACCAUUUCCUCCAGAAGGCUGGCCCUGCUUUUGUGCAUUUAUUUAUAAUAAAUUAAAUAUUGACAUUACAUAUUCAUCAUGUUCAUGAAUCUCCAAGGCCCAAAUGUGUCUCUCUCUCUCUUUUACAUGAUGUGCACACUCUAUUCAACACACGCAGACAUGUUCCUGUGUUGACACUGCAUGCCUAACGAAGAGUAGAGAGCAUGUGCUAGAAGACUUAAAUAUGUGUCCUAACAAGUGAAUACUGUAUCUUAUGAAAUGAACUGCAGAAACGUAGACAUCCAAAACAACUGAGUUGGCACUCAGACAUUUUGUGUGUACUCUUUCAGUUCAGUUUGUCCUUCAGUGAAAGAUAAGUCAAACACUGGAGGGCACUGUUGGGUAAAAAAUGACAUUUCGGCAUACUGAAACAUACUGAAAGUCACAAGUAUGUUAGUAUAAACAACAAUGACAUCCAAACUGAGUCGGUAUCGUCAUAAGUGAAGACACUUGAAGGUUAAAUACACACUUGUUACACUUUUUAGAGACAGUGAAUAGUGGGAUGCAAAUUAUUGAAGAUACAUAUGACACAUAAGAAAGCAAUGCCACUUGUUCUUCUUGUCUGACUUGACUUCCAGCUUAUAUUUGCUUUUUAUGGACAGUGCACAGGAAAUACUGCAAAUAAUUAACAUUGUUUAAAACCUUCACAGGGAAGCUCCUCACACAAAAUGAUGUUGGUGGAGUCAAACCAAAGGAAUGGUCUGAUCUCUUGUUUCUUAUGUUGAGGUUGUAAUGGAGAGAUAGAAACUCAGAGUUCAAACCAUAAAUAAACAACUUUAUUCAUCAAUACACCAGAGAAGCCUUUUCUUAAUACAACGAUAUGCUCAGGAUUACAAAUAGAUGCAUGAAAAAUCUAAAAAAAAUAAAAUGAAGCAUGAUUGGGAUAAAAAAAGCGACAAAAGAAGAUUGAUGGAUUAGAGAUAAGAUUUAAUAUGGUUAAUGAUCAGGAACAUGCUGAUGUUUAACAACGUUUACCCUGUUCAUCAUCUUAGUUUAACACAAAACACAAAGCACAGCUGAGGCUCAUAAUGUCAUUAAUGAUUCAGGUACUAUGAACCUAUUGGACAACUCUACCUGAUGAUGGUGCUAUAGAUGAAAAGUCAGG